AUGUGGUCGGAGGUAUCUACCUUUACGAAUAAAGCUUACCUUGACUAUAGAAUCAAAAAUCCCUUAGAGGGUCUCUCCCACGACGAGCUCAUGGCUAAUGUGGAGAGCUACGCCUCUGAGCAUGACCUAACUGACAUCCUUCCUCUCUUGAAGAAGGGAGCUCUCGCGGGUCAGAAGCCAGCAGAGGCUGGAUCUAUCCCCGAGCUUGACGAGCAAGAUCGCCACGUCCUUCGUGAGGAGAUCACUCGUCGCUGGCAUCAUCCUUGGGCGUUGUAUUACACAAUCAUUCUCAACUCGAUUGCGGCUGCUAUCCAGGGCUGGGAUCAGACUGGUUCAAAUGGUGCAAACUUGACCUUCGAUGCUCAGUUCGGUAUCCCAAAUAAUUUCCCCGACUGCAAGGAUCAGGCUACCUGCGAUCGCAACCAGUGGAUUGUGGGAUUUGUGAACGCCACGCCCUAUAUCACUAUCUGUCUUCUCGCUGGCUGGCUGUCGGACCCAAUCAACCACCUCAUUGGCCGUAAGGGAACUAUCUUCAUUGCUGCCAUCUUCAGUCUGCUUGCGCCUAUUGGAUCCGCCUUCACCCAACACUGGGGCCAGCUCGUUGCAUGCCGUGUCCUUCUCGGAAUUGGAAUGGGACUUAAAGAAGUUACAGUUCCAGUUUAUUCUGCCGAAAAUGCUCCUACAAACAUCCGAGGUGGGCUGGUCAUGAGUUGGCAAGUUUGGACAGCAUUCGGCAUCUUCCUAGGCACAUGUGCCAAUCUUAUUGUAGCUAAUGUCGGUCCAAUUGCCUGGCGUCUACAGCUUGGGUCAGCUUUCAUCCCUGCUGUGCCAUUGCUUCUCGGAGUUUACUUCUGCCCUGAGUCUCCUCGAUGGCUAAUCAUCAAGGGAAAGCAUCGCAAGGCAUAUGAGUCUCUCCUUCGCCUGCGCAACAGUCCAUUACAGGCUGCUCGAGAUCUGUACAUGAUUCAUGCUACCAUUGUUGAGGAGAAAAACAUGAUAGAUGCCUCUGGAUUUGCAAAGACGGAUAACUUCUUUGUCCGGUUCUUUGAGCUUUUUACCGUGCCUCGUCUUCGCCGUGCAACUCAGGCAUCUGGCAUUGUGAUGAUUGCUCAACAGAUGUGUGGAAUCAACAUCAUUGCUUUCUACUCAUCAACAAUCUUCUCAUUGGCGGGAGCAGACAAUAUUCAUGCACUUCUGGCAUCUUUCGGGUUCGGGCUCAUCAAUUUCGUCUUUGCUUGGCCAGCUGUAUGGACCAUUGAUACCUACGGCCGACGGGCCCUCCUGCUGUUCACAUUCCCGAACAUGUGUUGGACACUGCUCUGCGCAGGCUUCUGCUUCUGGGUUCCUGGAAAGACAGGCCAUCUAGGCGCAAUUGCCUUCUUCAUCUACCUCUUCGAUGCCUUCUAUUCUCCCGGUGAAGGGCCCGUCCCUUUCACCUAUUCAGCCGAGGUCUUCCCACUUUCGCACCGUGAAGUCGGCAUGGCAUGGGCCGUUGCAACAAACAACUUCUGGGCAGCAAUUCUGUCUCUGACAUUCCCAUACAUGUUGCGAGCGUUCACCCCUCAGGGUGCCUUUGGAUUCUAUGCCGGACUGAAUCUCAUUGCCUUCGUCUUGAUCUUCUUGUUCCUGCCGGAAACAAAGCAGCGAUCCCUGGAAGAGCUCGACUACGUGUUUGGUGUGCCUACUCGUACUCAUGCCAAGUUCCAGCUCACUCAGGUCCUUCCAUGGUGGAUCCGACGAUACAUUUUCCGCCGAAAAGGUGUGGCAUGUCCCGAGCUGUACAAAGUCAGUGAGACGACCGAGUCGCAGAGCGACGAAGUUCAGGAUCUUGGUGAGGUUCUUAGUGUCUCGGCAGCCAAAGACAAGGACAAGGAGGCUGCUUGA